AUGAGUGAACACGAUUUGGCUUACUACUUUCAAACAACUGAUAGAGACGCUAUUCCAGACUAUGAGGUAGUUCAUCUUCCGGUAGAAGAAUUAGUGAAAGAUGAUUUGAAAGAAGAAAAUGACGACGAAGGCAUAGAAUAUUCAUUUUCCGCUUUCCAAAGUAAACUGAAAAAGAAUACCAACAUAUUAGGAACGACAUUUAAAACAUACAUCCAUGAAGAUGAUAAUGUUCAAUACUUGAAUCAAACACCAUUAAACUGUCAUUAUUUACACGAAGAUGAAGAAUUUGUUGCCGCACUUAGCAUGUGUACCCCUAAAGCUGUGCAAGGUUUAAUUUUUUUGGACAACUCUACCUUCGAAAUACAUCCGUUAACUCCGAAACUUCAAAGAUUGGUAAAGAGGGAUAUUAGUGAUGAAGAACCUUCUAGUCAGAGAAGAGUACCUCAUAUUAUUAAGAGAGCAAGAUUCGCGAAAGAUUUCUUGUUUGAUGAUUUAUUUCCUACAGCAGGUAACCUCUUGGACAGAAAUGAAGAGUUAAAUGACAACAUAGGCGAUAUUUUCGAGGACGAAAUUUUCCAGAAUACCCUUAAUAAUAACCUUUACCGUAGAACUCCGCCAAUGACUGUAGAACUAGCGUUGUUUUUUGAUGAAGCAGCAUAUAAAAUAUUUGGUCCUUAUUUUGGUUACGAUGACAGAAAAUUACAGAAUAUGCUACUAGCCUACAUAAACGGCGUUCAAGCUCUGUACCAUCACCCGAGUUUGGGAAAUAGUUUGGAGCUAGUACUAGUCAGAUUAGACAUUAUGAAAACCCAACCCAGACAGAUGCCACAUUAUAAUGGAGAAAGAUCACAGUUGUUAGAUAGUUUCUGCGAAUACCAGGCCAGUAUUAACCCUAAAGACGACUCUAAUCCUGAUCACUGGGAUAUGGGACUUUACGUUUCGGGAUUGGACUUUUUUGCUUACGAAAAUGGAAAGAAAAGCGGAGUCACGAUGGGAUUGGCUACAGUGGGCGGUGUAUGUUUGGACAAAUAUGCUUGUAUUAUAGCUGAAUUUGGAACUACAAAUGUAUUUGGGAAGCCGUAUCCUAGUGCCGGAUUUACUAGUGUUUAUAUCUUAGCGCAUGAAAUAGGACACAAUUUAGGUAUGCACCAUGACAAUAGUGGAAAUAGAUGUCCUAAGGAUGGCUAUAUAAUGUCUCCCUCCAGAGGAACUAACGGAGAAACUCAAUGGUCCACCUGUAGUGCUGAAGUUAUGUCAAAAUUGGGUUGGGCAAAAUGUCUGAAAGACUCCAGUAAACCAGUGAGGUCGAGAGACCAUUCCCGAUUUUUGGAUGUUCCCGGCAGGAUUUACACGGCAAAAAAACAAUGCGAGGUUCUUCUAAGGGAUAAGGACGCAGUGAUAGCUCCAAGUCAACAAUUGUCUGAAAUUUGCUACAACUUGCAAUGUAAAACGCCUCACAGAAGCGGAUUUUAUUUUGCAGGGCCUGCUUUAGAUGGUACGCCCUGUGGAUCUGGAAAGUACUGUUACGGUGGACACUGCAGUUCAAGGCAACUACCUAAACCGGUGCAGGUGACUCCGGGUGGGUGGAGUUCUUGGAUGAAGAGUUCUUGUUCCUCUGGAUGUUUAAGUAACGCGAAAGGUAUCCAAAUGAGCACUAGGGAAUGCAAUAAUCCACCGCCAAAGAACACUGAUCAAGGCUGCGAGGGAACCAAUAGACAGUUCAAUUUUUGCAAAGACGAUAAGUUAUGUAAAAGCAAGAAACAAACUGCAACCGAGUAUGCUUCCAGAAAGUGCCAAGAGUUUUCCAGAUUAUUGACUGAACUGGAUCCUCAAGGUGUAGGUCUGCAAGCACCCCACGAAGACGAUCGCUUGUGGACUAGCUGUGCUAUGUUUUGCAAAAGAAAAGAUUCUGGCAUUUUUUACACUCCCAGAUUAGAGCUGAACGACCUGGGAGUAUCCCCAUAUUUUCCCGAUGGUUCUUGGUGUCAUAGAGAUUCAACAGGCAUGAAUUACUACUGUAUUCAACAUCACUGUUUGCCAGAAAACUUUAAAUUUACCAAAAUCCAAGUGCCGGAAUUAGACGAUUUACCGAUUCCCCAAAAUGCCGAGCCGAAUAGGUAUUCACUACCGGCGAAUAUAAAGGAUUAUUUCUCUUUAGGUCCAAAUGGUAGACCUCUAAAAACAUCAAUCAAAAUAUCUGAUCUCAAACCAUCGACCGAUGAAGAUUGGGAAACAAAGGAUUACGUAGAAUUGCCUACUAUCGAAAAACGAUUUGGCGCGUUGGUCCAGGAGAUAAACGAUCUCAAUUUUUUCUGAUUUUUUAUUUUAAGAUGUUAAAUAUAAAAAACUAAUACAUUUUU